CAUCUGUGCUAAUUGCAAAGUUAGCGCCAGAGAAGCAGGAAGUCACUCGGCUGGCAUUAAAUCAUUCGCGUGGAACAUGAACGUGUCUUUUUCCUCGUCAAACUUCCACGUCGAGUCGCCUAAAAGGGACCAAAGUGUCCGCGAUGCCGCCCGGUGACCGAUCGAGUCUUCCCCUGUGAUCGGCGUCGGCGAGCGCAGCACGGAUGUCCUGCGCGCAGAACGCCGACAUGGCCGCACCGAGCCGACCCGGACAUGAGAUGGGGGCCAAGGCGUCGUCCCUCCCAGGUGCAUGUCCAGACCCUGGUGGUGUGCUGGGGCCCUCCCCCUCUCUCGUGGACAUCCAGAGGGCGUACGAGGAGGGUGAGGAGGAGGUGGCACGAGACUUGAUCCAGCGGGCCACUUGCGUGCAGUGCAGCGCGGGUGAGCAGUGUGUGGACGGGGAACGUCUGCUGUGUGUCGCCGCUCAGCACGGUGACGUGCAGGGUGUGCAUUACCUCCUGAAGGAGGCCCACGUCAGCGUUCCAUCAGAACCGUCCAAGCAGAACCCGGCCAUGGUGGCGGCGUACUUCGGACACAGCAGCGUGGUGCAAGUUCUGCUGGAUUCAACUCCAGGUGUCAGGAGCGAGCUUCUCAGCUGGAUGUUGGCCACCUCGUGCCAGCAGGGCCACCCGGACGUGGUCCGCAUGCUGGUCAGCCGCUACGGCGCCGACACCAGGGACUGCGCCGUCCAAAGCGACGACUUCGCCGUCAUCAGCGGCCUGCCGCUCUACGCCGCCGCACAAGCAGGCAGCGAGGAGAUUGCCGACUUCCUGUUGCAGAACGGCGCCAGCUUCUCCUCGUACACGCUGAUGGACCAUCCCGUCUUUAGCAAGCGCCUCCUCAGACAAAGAGUGGUGGAGAGCACCCAAGAUGGAGAACAGGCCCUCAGCGUGUGUUGGAGUGGUCUCCAGUUGCCCUGGUUAGAAGUGGACUGGUUUGUGGACAUGUCGUCCCGCGUCACCCACUUGGACCUGUCCUCCAACGGCCUGACCUCUUUGCCUUCCGUGCUCCCAUGGGGCCUGCUCAGCCUCCAGAACCUGGACCUGUCCAACAACCUGCUCAAGGCGCUGCCAGAGGCCGACACCUCCCAGGAGGUCAUCUGUUCCAGGCUGCGUCAGGUCAAUCUGUCCCAGAACCAGCUCAGCACUUUGCCAGCGAGCUUUCUCCACCUGACCCACAUCCAGAAACUCUCUGCUGCCAAGAAUCAGCUGGUGUCCUUGUUUGACGUUCCUGACUCGACCAACUGGAUCGGACUGCGCAAGCUGGAGGAGCUAGACGUGUCCGACAACCGUCUGAGCGCCCUGCCCGUCGCCGUCAUGCACGCCCUCAAGUCGCUGCGUUUCCUCAACGUGUGUCGCAACAAACUAAGCAGCUUUCCAGAACCCUGGUCCUGCCCCCUGAAACACUGCAAGGCUUCCUCCAACCAGAUGGAGAGUCUUCCUGACAACAUCUCCAUCUUCUGGAAAAGUCAUCUGCAGGAUGUGGACUUUUCGGACAACUGUCUCAAAGAGCUGCCCGCCUACAUCUUUGAGCUGGAGGCUCUGGUCUCGUUGAGAUUGGGGGGCAAUGCCAUUACAACACUUCCGGUGCCUUCUAAGUGGACCUGCUCCCAGCUCAGGACACUCGACCUUUCUAAAAACCAACUGGGCAGAAGUGAAGAGGCGCCCAAACCCAGAAGACUUUCCUUCCUGACCACAUGGAGCAGAAGAGAUCCCGAUCCAGCGUGUCCCAUCCAGUUCCCGGCCAUUCUUCGGGACUCCGUGGAAGUCCUGUUCCUGAACGACAACCAGCUGGAGUGCGUCCCACAGUCCGUGUGCGGUCUAAACGGCCUCAGCGAGCUCUACCUGUCCAAUAAUCCCGGCAUCCGGGAGCUUCCAGCCGAGCUGGGUCAGCUGACCAACCUGUGGCAGCUGGACAUCGAGAACCUCAACAUCAGCAACGUGCCGCAGGAAGUGAGACGAGAAGGUUCCGCGGCAAUUCUCGCCUUCCUGCGGGCGCACCUUCGUAAGGCGGAGCCCUGUCGGCUGCUGAAGAUGCUCCUGAUCGGCCCGCCGAGACAGGGCAAGUCCGCCCUCCUGGAGGCGCUGCAGACGGGAAAAGCGUCCACGGCGACGCCGGCCGAAUGCAGCAUCUCCACCUCCACGUGGGAGUUGGACCAUCCCAACGGAGGCAAAAACAACAAGAAGUCUGUGGUGUUCAACGUGUGGGACGUGGGCGGUCCAGCCAGCAUGUCCGCAGUCACCCAGUGUUUCUUCACCGACCGCGCCCUCUACGUGCUCACAUGGAACCUCACCCUCGGCGAGGAGGCCGUGGCCAGUCUGCAGACUUGGCUGCUCAACAUUGAGGCCCGAGCGCCCAACUCCGUGGUGGUGGUGGUGGGAACACAUCUGGAUCUCAUCGACUCAAAGUUCCGCACGGAGAGACUGGCGACACUGAGGGCUUACAUCUUGGCACUUUGCCGCUCACCGUCGGGCCCGCGCGCCAGUGGAUACCCUGACAUCAGCUGUAAACAUCUGCAUGAGGUGUCGUGUAAGACUCUGGAAGGUUUGGACGGGCUGAAGAAGCUCAUCCACCAGAUGGCGCUCUCGAUUAAAGACGGCAGCGUCUCCGCCGGCGGUGGGAAGCUGCUGGGGAGACUGAUCCCUCGCAGCUACUUGACCCUGCAGGAAGCCGUCAUAGCCGAGAAACAAAGACGCCAGGCGGAAGAAGACGUCCAGUUUCUCACCGAGGCGCAGCUGGACCGCAUCAUUCAACAGAACCCAGGAAGUGACAUCCAGGACUAUGAUGACCUGCAGUCUGCCAUCAACUUCCUGAUGGAGACCGGAACGCUGCUCCACUUCCCUGACACCAGCCACGGCCUGUGCACGCUCUACUUCCUGUGUCCCGUCUGGCUGUCCGAGUGCCUGCAGAGGAUCGUCCACCUCAAGUCCUACCGCUGCGUCGCCAGGAAAGGCGUGAUCCGGACCGAAGACCUCAGGAUGCUGCUGAUCGGGACCGGGUUCACCCGCCACACCGAGGAGCAGUACUUCCAGUUUUUAGCCAAGUUUGAGAUCGCUCUGCCUGUGGCCAACAACAGCUACCUGUUGCCCCACCUCCUGCCCCCCAAGCCCGCCACGGACGUUCACUGCUUCCAGCCGCAGAGCGCCAACAUGCUCCAGCGGCUCUUCAAGAUGAGCUUCGUUCCUGCCGGCUUCUGGGAGCGUUUCAUCGCCAGGAUGCUCAUCAGCCUCACCGAGAUGGACCUGCAGUCCUUUGAGCCCAAACGGAACGGACGGACUCGCUGCAGCCGGACCUCCGUCAUCUACAGCUUCGGGGGAAGCCAGCAGAGGAACCGCUGCAGCACCUUCAGGGUCCGACGGAAUCAGACCGUCUACUGGAAGGAGGGGCUGCUCGUCACCUUCGAUGGCGGUUACCUGAGCGUGGAGUCAUCGGAUGUAAACUGGAAGAAGAAGAAGAGCGGCGGCAUCAAGAUCAUCUGCCAGUCAGAGACGAGGGAUUUCUCCGCCAUGGCCUUCAUCACGGACCACGUCAACGCUCUCAUCGAGCAGUGGUUUCCGGCUCUGACAGCCAGCGAGAGCGACGGCAGCCUGGUCAUCGAGCAGUACGCCCCGUGCCCCAUGUGCGCCUCGCGGGUCCAGCAGAACCGGACGGAGCCACAAGGCGGCCAGGCGGGCCAGGUCGCCGACAGGGGCGGGGUCCAUCUCUUCAACAUGGAGGACUGUGCGCUGGCUGCCACGGAGGAGGAGCACAUCGUCUGUCCUACACACCCGGAGCAGCCCGUCCCCCUCCAGGAGCUGGUACCAGAACUCUUCAUGACCGACUUCCCUGCACGACUCUUCUUGGAGAAGGACCUGCUGGAAUACUCCGAGGACGAGGCCAGCAUCAUCGGGCAGGGCGGCAGUGGUACCGUCGUCUAUCGGGCCCGGUACCGGGACAAGCCGGUGGCCAUUAAGCGUUUCCACUUCAGGAAGAACCAGCAGCAGACGGUCAACACAGGCACCAUGAUGAAACACAUCCAGUCGGCCGACGCGUGCCGCUGCUUCUCCGAGUUCCGCCAGGAGGCCAGCAUGCUACACUCGCUGCAGCACCCGUGCGUGGUCUCCCUAGUGGGCGUGUCCAUCCACCCGCUGUGCUUCGCCCUGCAGCUGGCACCGCUCGGCAGCCUCAACUUGGUUCUGGAGGAGCGAGGUCAAGGUUGCAAGUACAUGCCCCUAGGUCACAUGAUCACUUUCAAGAUGGCCUACCAGAUAGCGGCGGGGCUGGCGUACCUCCACAGGAAGAACAUCAUCUUCUGCGACCUCAAGUCUGACAACAUCCUUGUCUGGUCCCUGGAGGAAGAGCAUCCUGUCAACGUCAAGCUGUCCGACUACGGAAUCUCACGACAGUCCUUUCAUGAGGGGGUGCUGGGGGUGGAGGGCACGCCAGGCUACCAGGCUCCCGAGGUCCAACCUGGUGUCGUUUAUGACGAGAAGGUUGACAUGUUCUCUUACGGCAUGGUGCUGUACGAGCUGCUGACGGGGCGUCGGCCGUCGCUGGGGCGACAUCAGCUCCACGUCUCCAAGAAGCUCUCCAAAGGAGUCAGGCCGCAUUUGGGCGAGCCGGAGGAGGUCCAGUUCUACUUCCUGCACGGCCUAAUGAUGGAAUGUUGGGACACCAAGCCAGAGAAGCGUCCGAUGGCGUCGCAUUGCAUCCGGCGCAUGAUGGAGCCGACCUUCGCCUGCCUUCGCUACGUUCUGCAGAGCGGCAGUCACUCCCAGCUCUUCCUGUCACCACUAAGAGGGCACAGCGUCGUGUUCUGGGACGGCGACGGCUCCGCUAGGAACUACAGUGUGCUGAAUGUGGACCAAGGCCAGGUGGAGGUGAAGAGGAUGUUGUGUCCUGGCGCUAAAGUCAGUUGUCAGAUGAAGUUGGCCGACACACUGUGGGUGGCCACCGAGGAACAGGAAGUGUACAUCUACGUCCUCAAAGACAUGUGUCCACUGAGUCAGCCUCAGAAACAUUUCUCCUGUCCCGCCGUCAUCACCUGCUUCUUUCCCGUCCCGGCUGGAGAACAGAACCUGGAGCGGGUCUUCGCGGGCAUGUCGGACGGCCUGGUGGCGGUCUACACCGUGGUCGAUGGGCUUCCGGUAGGGGGCGAUGCCUACCUCUGCUCGCACACGCUUAACAAGACCUCCUUCGGCCUCCUGGACUCGGACCCCAGACAGAGACCUGCUCCGGUCCGGUGCAUGGUUCUGGUCGGCGGUGGCUCCCAGCUGUGGUUUUCCAACGGGCCGGGACUUCUGGUGAUCGACCGCGUGACCCUUGACCCUUUGCGAAGGCUGGAUCCUUACGCGCCGCCGUCCUCGGUCGUCUCCAUGGUGACCGGAUUCAGCGCCUGGGGGGAGGAGUCAGUGUGGACGCUGGACGACGUCAGCAACACUCUGCUGCUCUUCCACGCCGUCUCUUUCUCGCUCUGUGCCAAGUACUGCUGCGGCGACUGCAGUCCUCUCCGCGACGUCUUCGGCGUGCAGCGUCCAUCGACUGACAGCUCUCACGUGGCAGCGGUCCGGAAAGAAGAGGAGGCGGAGCCUACAAACGCAGAAGAGGCGGGAACUCAGCUCAUCCCGAACUGCGAUUCGCCGACGGGCUGCUCCCUGGCGUCGUCAUGCUCCGUGGACACCCCUGAUAUCGGCGUGGCGCCGCCAUCUUUAGAGCAGCACGGCGAAGGCGUCAAGUGGCAGAAGGAAGAAAGUUAUUUUCCAAACCUGCAGGCCGUCAAGGUGGUGAUGGUCGACGACCUCCUCUGGGUCUUCAGGCGCGGCGGAGACGUGAUGGUCAUCGAAGUGCGGCAGCACGGCGCCGAGCUGAGGGGGCGUGUCAUUGCCUUUCUCAACCCUCCUGUAAGCUCCUCCUCCUUAGGCACGCUGGUGGAGGCGGGGCUGGUGGCGAAAGAGACGGUGGUGUGCGGCUUCCAGAGCGCCGAGGGGGUGUGGAGCGUGUGCGCGUGGAGGGCGUGGGACUCCCGCCAGCUGGACGUUUUCUACCGCACGUCCGAGGAGCUCGGCCGCAUGGAGAGCGGCCUCAGGAGGAGGAGGUAGCCAAUGAGGAAGGAGCAAGGCGGAGCCUACCUUCACUUUCAAGUCAGCUGGAAAAAAAAAAACUGUCAAGUUUUUAAAAAAAAAAAAGAGCAAAAACUGAAGAGGGAAACUCUUUUAUUUUUAUUUUAUUUUUUUUAAUGAAUGUGUUUUAUAUACAUGGAGCACUUCCUGUCUUCUGAUGACGCCACGGGCCACGCCCCCUUUGACUUCAUCUAUUUAUGCAUGUCAUGUUGCGGUCAGUAAACUUUUUUUUUUUUUUUUUUUA